AUGGGAACAGAAUCCGCAUCCGCGAAACGAGCUCGCACGCGCAAGUCGCGUGGCCGUGGGUUACGCACUACGAAUGGAUGUUUCACAUGCCGCAAGCGCCACAUCAAAUGCGAUGAGGUGAGGCCUGUUUGUGGAGCUUGUGGGAAAAAUGGUCGGUCUUGUCAUUUUGCUCAUGAGACUCGGGAUGGGAAUGGGGUUGAGAGUAUCGUCACAACGCCGGUUUCAACUUUCAGGAGGAAUUUCCUGGAUACUGUGAUUGAUGGGUCUAUUUCGCCGUCUGUGUCUAGAGCUCAGAGUGUGCAGAGCCCGGUGAGACGGUCUAGUCCAGUGCGUGGUGGUGGUUGUACGUCUGCGGUUGAGACUGGGUCUGGGGAGGUCCUGCUUCAAGGUGGAACACCUCACGCUUUGUCGACUGAGACGGUGCAUGCUCAGACUCAUCCUCAGCAGGCAUCAUUGUCUUCCCAAGUACCACCUACCCAGGCACCAACUGCCUAUGCACGACAUGACCACUUUGCGAGUGUGGACUUGACUGCUCACCAAAGUCCCAUUGCACUCUAUCCAAAUGACCUUUCUCCCUCGGAUGCCUCAUAUAUCUUACAAUCAGUGACUGGGUCAUUCUCCUCUCCCGGGCCAACUGUGAAUGCAGCAGCGAGCUGGUGGUUUGAUCUAUUGACAAAUGAUGCUGCCAGGGACCAUCCGCAAGUACCUGCUAUACCAAGUGGGUUUACAAAUGACGGUCUGCCAUUUGAGUGUCCGCAAAUUGGCGAUCAAGAAAACAUCUCUUCUUUACAACGAGCUACACAAGUCCUUGAUCUUCCUUACGCUAAUGGGACAGUGAGCCAGAGCUCUAUCGUUUCACCUGCGCAGUCCAGCCCUGCUGGCGAAGACGAGCACAUAUGGCAGUCUCGUGAGCCGAUUGAACUUUUACCCCGGGAGCAUUUUCUGUUUGAGCAUUUUGUACAACAUGUUAGUCAAUGGAUCGAUCUCUUUGACCCUACCAGCCAAUUCUCUACACUCGUUGCACAUUUGGCAAUACGCAAUGCUGGACUAUUGAACGCUAUCCUUGCUCUAGCCUGUCGCCAUCUAUCCCUUAAUCCCCGCUUGGAUAACGAAGAUCUCCCGAACAAAGAAGCAGCUCUACAAUUCUACUACCAAACCCUUCAUUAUGUGCAAAAAGCAAUGCAGAAGUCUAGUUAUAUGACAAGUUGGGAACUCCUCUCAACAACUCUCAUCAUCUCAGCCUACGAAAUGCUGGACAACUCCUCCAACGACUGGGAACGGCAUCUAGAAGGUGUAUUUCUCAUCCAAAGAUCUCAGGUAAUCCACGGUGAGUCAGGCGGACUACAAGCUGCCGUUUGGUGGGCUUGGCUAUGUCAAGAUGUUUGGGCAGCCUUUCGAGAAAAACGGAAGACUUUGACAUUCUGGACUCCCCACAAGCCCCUCUCGGCAUUAUCACCACAUGAACUGGCUGCACGUGCGGUGUAUAUCACUGCUAAAGUCAUCAAUUACUGUGCCGAAGAGGGUGCGCCUGUUGAGGGAUAUAUCCAGCGCCGGCUGGAUAAAGCCAAGUAUCUUAGAGCUAUGCUUGAUGACUGGCGAAGUCAUUUGACCAUUGAGUUUUCACCUUUGCCCGUUAGCUCUCGUGAGAAAACGGGGUGUUUUCAUCCUGUCUGGAUUCGUCCGCCUGCCUUUGCUGUUGCUAUGCAGUUUUAUGCCGCAGCGCGUAUUCUCUUGAUUGCUCACGAGCCAAGUCUUGGAGGACUCACACAGUACUUGGAACGGCAAAUUGUCGUUCAACGUUCCGUGGAGAGCAUUUGUGGUAUUGCUAUGACUUUGAAAGACAACGCCUCUAGUCUCAUGUCAUCACAAGCUUUAUUCAUUGCGGGAAUAUUUACCCAAGAACCUCGUUCCCGAGAUGCUAUAUUAGAAUCAUUAGAAUCGUGCAGGAAAAGGACCGGCUGGCCGGUCCGCUCCUUGGGAGAUGACUUGCAACAAAUCUGGGGUCUGCACGAACCUACCAGGUCUUUGAAUUAA